AAAAGAAGUAAAAACAAAGAAACAUGGUUUUCAUAGCUUCUGCAAUUGCCUCUCUCGCACCAUACUUAAUCUCAGCAUUACUUCUCUUCCUUCUUCUCGAGCAACUCUAUUACCUUUUCAAGAAACGAAACAUCCCUGGCCCUCUUUUCGUCCCUCCUAUCAUCGGAAACGCCGUUGCACUCGUCCGUGACCCCACUUCCUUCUGGGACAAGCAAUCUGCCACAGCUAGCAUCUCAGGCCUCUCCGCCAACUACCUCAUCGGAAAAUUCAUCGUCUACAUCAGAGACACAGAGCUUUCCCAUCAAAUCUUCUCAAACGUUCGUCCCGAUGCCUUCCACCUUAUCGGCCAUCCCUUUGGUAAGAAGCUCUUCGGUGACCACAACCUCAUUUACAUGUUUGGUGAGGAUCACAAAUCCGUUCGCCGUCAGCUAGCUCCUAACUUCACCCCCAAGGCACUGUCCACCUACUCUGCCCUCCAGCAAUUAGUUAUCCUCCGUCAUCUACGGCGGUGGGAGGAGAGUACCUCCGGCGGAUCUCGUCCAGUGUCACUACGACACCUUGUCCGUGAACUCAACCUCGAAACAUCCCAGACGGUUUUCGUUGGACCUUACCUUGACAAGGAAGCCAAGAAGAGGUUCCGUACUGAUUACAAUCUGUUCAAUCUCGGAUCCAUGGCGCUUCCCAUCGACUUCCCUGGCUUCGCGUUCGGCGAGGCUCGCAGGGCUGUAACGAGGCUAGCGGAGACGCUCGCCAUAUGCGCGGGAAAAUCCAAAGCAAGGAUGGCAGCAGGAGAAGAACCAACAUGCCUAAUCGAUUUCUGGAUGCAGGCGAUAGCCACGGAGAAUCCGCCGCCACCGCACUCCGGAGACGAAGAGAUCGGCGGUUUGCUCUUCGAUUGUCUCUUUGCCGCGCAGGACGCGUCCACGUCAUCACUCCUCUGGGCCGUGACGUUGCUUGAAUCAGAGCCAGAGGUGCUGAACAGAGUAAGAGAGGAAGUAGCCAAGAUCUGGUCACCGGAGUCCAACGCCUUGAUCACCGUUGAUCAGCUCGCAGAGAUGAAGUACACGCGCUCCGUGGCGCGUGAGGUCGUGAGAUACAGGCCUCCGGCAACUAUGGUCCCACACAUAGCAGCUACAGACUUCCCUCUCACGGAAUCGUACACUAUCCCCAAAGGUACAAUAGUCUUUCCUUCGGUUUUCGACUCCUCGUUCCAAGGGUUUACUGAACCGGACCGGUUUGAUCCUGACCGAUUUAGCGAGACAAGACAAGAGGACCAGGUGUUCAAACGCAACUUCCUAGCUUUUGGAUGGGGGCCUCACCAAUGCGUAGGCCAGCGUUACGCGUUGAACCACCUCGUUCUCUUCAUUGCAAUGUUCUCGUCGCUGCUGGAUUUCAAGAGACUUCGAUCGGACGGUUGUGAUGAGAUCGUGUACUGCCCUACGAUAUCGCCAAAGGACGGUUGUACGGUGUUCUUGUCUAGGCGCGUCGCAAAGUAUCCCAACCUCUCCUUGAAUUGAUUUUUUAAUUCUUAAAUUUAUUAUUGUUGGUCAAAUUCAACACUGUGACUUUAUCAGUUUUCCUGAUGUGUCUCUCAAAGGGAAUGGCCCACGAGUGUUCUUGUCUUAUCGAAUUUGAGAAGACAUGUCAUUGUUUUGCCAUGUCUUCACCAUAUCUGUGUUGUCUUCCAGUGUGAAAAUCAGUGAUGUUAUAACGUGUUUCAUACUUAUGUGUGUUUUUUUUUCUUGCCGUCUUUUAUUAGUGAAAAAGGUUUACCUUAGAAUUCUUUGUCCGUUACUCUCGUUAUCUGAAUUCGUCCAAUUUGUAUUCGAUCACUCUAAUCAUCAAUAAAAUCAGUUCAUUCAG